ACAAAUUUGGUGGAUAAUGGAGUGGGUGAUUAUCCGUUUACAAGCAAAACAAAACCCAGCACAAGCAUGGGUGUUGCUGCUGUUCCUCUUCUUCCCUCCUCAAUCUUCUUCACUUCCAACAAAUCCAAGCUGAGGAUUAAAGCUAAUUAUGGCAUCAAGUUUAUCACAAACUCCGAUUGGUUCCAAGUGGGUCGACCCAUUGGCAACUAUGGUUUCAUGAACGUCACUACUUCCAGUACCGAUCAAUAUUCACUUGGUGGUGGAUUGAAAACUCAAGAUGUUCAAGAAGGCAGCGUCAAAAUCAGGCUUUAUGAAGGCAGAGUUUCCCAGGGUCCACUUAAACAAACUCCUGUUCUUUUUAAGGUUUAUCCUGGAACACGAGCUGGUGGGGUUGUAGCAGAUAUGAUGGCUGCAAACGAGUUGAAUUCCCACAUGUUCCUUCAAAGCAGUUCUAAAGGUAUUAGUCAGCAUCUUAUGUUACUUUUAGGUGGGUUUGAAACAACUACUGGAGAGCAGUGGCUUGCUUUUCGUGAUUACGGGAAAUCUACCGCAGCAGACUAUGCAAAAGUUGCGAGUGAGAAGGUAUCAAAACUGUCUUCAUGGAAUAGCUUUGAACGAGGCCAGUCAAUGAAAAGAAGACGACGUUUCAUUAUAAAGCUGCUUCAGGGUGCUUUGAGAGGUUUGGCUUACAUGCACGAUCAUGAUAGAUUACACCAGAGUCUUGGACCAUUUUCUGUAUCUCUCAACACAAUAUCUGAAAGUGAAGCUCCUUAUUUGAUUCCAAGACUUAGGGACUUGGCCUUUUCUGUUAGUGUCAGGUACUCGGAACUAGAAGAUUCGGGACCACUUACAGAAGGUCUUUGGGCACGAGCAUCAGCAGCUAGUGCAUUCACUUAUCUAGAGAAACGAGCUUUUGGAAUAGCUGAUGACAUAUAUGAGGCAGGCCUUCUUUUUGCAUACUUGGCUUUUGUUCCAUUUUGUGAAGCUGGUGUAAUGGAUGGCCUUUCCUUGCAAAGACUUUUAGAGAACACUUUCCGACUUGAUCUUGAAGCAACACGAGAGUACUGUAUAGCAGAUGACAAGUUAGUUAAUGCCAUCGAAUUCUUGGAUCUAGGCGAUGGUGCUGGUUGGGAGUUGCUUCAGGCAAUGCUUAAUGCUGACUUUCGAAAGAGACCAACUGCGGAGGCUGUUCUCAGUCACCGGUUUAUGACCGGGGAAGUCCUUUGAAUUUCAAGUUUAAAAAAAUAUGGUUGUCUUUAUGAAAUAUAUUGAUCACGGCUCACCACACCGUUCAUGUUUUCUGUAAAUAUUCCAUUUUUUGGGAAUAUAUGUCUUGAAUUUGCACUGCUUGGUUACAAGCAGGAAUACUAUUGUAAAUAUUAUUAUAUUAUCAUAUUUGCAUAGUUAAUAUACAGGGCACAAUCCUUUUGUAGGUUUGAUGCGUUUCAA